CUUAUCGAUUCAAUCCUGGGCUCUCCUGCACCCGUGAUCAUCUUGCGUCUCGAACGCUAGCUCUCUCUCUCUCUCUCUCUCUCUCUGAAGACCACAGGCUGGCUCAUGCCACCCCCGCCCUGAGCGGAGGGUCGCCAUGUUGGCAGCCGGCGGCGGCGUGCAGGUGUUCCACCGGGCCGACGCGCGCGCGCGUCUCCCGAGGACCUCGACCUCCCGUAGGGUCGGUACGGGUUCGGCGUGUCCUGGGACACCGUGCGUGGCCGGUCCGUCGACAUCGACCUUCAGUGCGUGGUGGUUGACACCGGCGGCUGCUUCGUCGACUGCGCCUACUACAACAAUCUGAAGGCGGUCGGGGCCAUCACCCACUCAGGCGACGAGGCUCUGGGCAAGCCAGACAGAAUAGACGAGAUGAUCUGGGUCAACAUGAGGAAGGUGCUGUCGAACGUGAGUCUGCUCGUCUUCGUGGUCGCCGCCUACUCUGGCGGCAUCCUGGAAGACGUGUCCAAACGUGCUGGAGGAGAGGCACCAACGAGAUCGCGCUCUUCGAGAUGGAGCGGAGUGCAGCGUAUGUGGACGUGGUCGCAGCCAUGUUCAGGACUGGGCCUGGGGGCCAGGAUUGGAAGCUGAGGAUCGCAGACAUGCCCGCGCAGGGUGGGCGGCAUCUCAUGGACAGUCUGCCGCUCCUCUCUCGGGUCGUGAGGUCAUUCGUGCCCCGCGCUCCGCCGCGGCAGAAGGUGGCCUUCGCGAUGGAGAAGGGCGCGGUGCUGGACCUCCCAAUGGGCAUGGGGCAGGUGAGCGUCGGCCUGGGCGGGGACAUCGACGAGGGCGAGUGCGACCUGGACGUCCUGGUGGUCCUACUACUGGACGCCCAGGGGUCGGACUUGGAGGCCGUCUUCUUCGGCCGCCUGGAGUCUGAGCAGGACGGCAUCGAGCACACGGGCGACAACCUGACAGGAGAGGGCGAGGGCGACGACGAGCAGAUCAAAGUGCGCCUCGACCAGGUGGGCCCCCAGGUGCAGCAGGUCGUGCUCGCGGCCAACAUCUGCACCACGGGCCGCGACUUCCAGCAGGUCGCCCAGCCGUUUUGCUGGGUCGUCGACGCCGCGGACGGCUCGGAGCUGUGCCGAUAUACCCUCCUCGACGCCGGCCGCGAGAACGGACUGAGCAUCGCAAAGUUCGCGCGGGAGAUGAGCGGCCGUGGGGGCUUCCCUGCGCUCGGGCUGCGCUGCCGCGGCCGCACGUACGAGGACUCGCUACCACAGCUCCGGCAGUGGUGCCAGUGGAAGGCCACUUCCCUGGCGGUGACCGCGGAAUCCGCUCCCUCGGCGUCGGCUGCGGCGGAACAGCGGCACGACUUCGGCGUGUAUUUUGGGUGUUGCCGAUGCACCACUUGCAGGGCCUUGGUUUGAACCGCGGCUGCCAGCUCUGCCAGGCGUGUUUCUGCAAAGGGGACUUCGCUUGUCACAUGUGCUCAAUGGGUGCGGGCUGCUGACCGACUGCAUGAUAAUGUGGAUGAAAAUGCGCCUCGUUAAGGCGGCCACAAGUACCAGCCACCGCAGCGGACUCACGAGGUAGGCGACUAGUUGCGCUCGUGCUCGACAAUGGCCGCGCACUGACAUCGUUACUUAGCAUCAGCCCUGGAGCAGCGCAGAUUUAUUUGCUCAGGGCCCGUGGACGCGUGAAGUGCCGUAGACAGGCGCGCACUCGCACCUUAAUUUCCUACCCGCAUCGCGUCCAGCCUGCCGGGCUGCGCACCGCGUGUGACACUGGACGACGUUUUCCCUGCUGGAGCCUUUCCAGUGGCUCGGGGUGCUGUGCCGGUAGGAGAACGCCGCAGAGCACUGUCACACGAUCCAUUGAAAGACAGUGUUCUGGCGAAUAGUAUUUCGGUCGACUCGGGAAUGUCAGCCGCGAUGGUGCUCAAGGGUCCGCGCUGGCAUCAACGAGCUGGCAGAGCCCAUGGGCAUGCGCGGGCGCUGUGUGCAAAAUCGUCAGCAGUCGUUCUCCGACGCUGACGACAGCCAACCAGGAUACUAUCAUACUUGGCGUGGUCACAACAGUGGUGCUUGUUGCAGGUUUUGGGGUGGGUUUCUAGUCCGUGCGAUCCCUGAACAGAGGCUCACGGCCCCUCAUCCCUUUGUCACUUUGAACGCGGUGACGUAAGCUCAUGUGCUGAUCUUGCCACCAGAAUGGAUCGGACUCACGAUGCUAGCGGCUACACGCUCGGUUAAACGUCAUCAGAUUUCGGCACACCCACGUGAUCGACGCAUGAUGCGCACCAUCUAAAUUCUAGUAGUUUUCGAUUGCACCGAUUUGCAGGCAUUCCUGUCAAUGCGGCGCCUUGAGUGCUGCGCUGCUUAAUGGUUGGCGGAUCUGGAUCGGAUUCACGACGCUAGCUAGCAAUCACCACGUCUUUGCUAGCCAUUUUUAGCACAUGCCUGUUCUCGACACACGUCGCGCUCUUGCAUGGAGCGUAAAACUCAGGGCCAUUAGAAGACGCUGGCAGUUGGCUCAUGACCCUCGUGAGCUUCUGCGUGAUGUUAGCUAUUUGUGCUCGUGCUGCUGUGGAGUUCUUGUCCACAACUGCCCUGAUACGCCCGCUUCGAAACGCAACGCGUGCCGUG